UUUGCUGCCCAUUCUUGACCUGGAUCGCCAGCAAGACAGCGCUCAAUUCUCGGAAGAUCUGUUCGCCCAGCCGACUGCCUUUGAAUCCCCGCGUUUGCCCCCACGGCGGAGAAGGCCCGAGAGCACGAUUGGCCGUCAAAAGUCGACAGAAUGACCUGGCAAGGGAUCGCAACCCAUGUGCGGACACCGCUGCGGCGGGCAGUGACUUUCCAGCCGAAUAAUGCUCGGCUCGCGCGACAGAGCCAGAUUUAUCAGUCUCGUUCGUUCUCUCGAGCAGCGUUAGCCGCGGGAAGAUCGAGUGUGUUGUCGGAACGCACGAUGACGACCCGAACGACAGUUCCUAAUGCCUCGCAACGCGCUCUAUCCACUGCGGCUGUUCGUUGCCUGACCCUAGACAACAUCAAUUCGAACGUCAAGGCUGCCAAGUAUGCUGUUCGUGGAGAACUCGCCGUUAAGGCGGAGGAAUACCGUGUGAGGCUGGCUCAGGGAGACAAGACACUGCCGUUUGACAGCGUUAUUUUCGCCAACAUCGGCAAUCCUCAGCAGCUCGACCAAAAGCCCAUCACUUUCUUCCGUCAAGUCCUCAGUCUUAUGGAAAACCCUCUACUGUUAAGCAACAAAGAUGCCCUUCGUACGUCUUUCGGCUAUCAGGAUGAUGUUAUCGAGCGGGCCGAGAAGCUUCUGGCCGAAGUCCAGAGUGUUGGUGCAUACAGUCACAGCCAAGGUGCUCCCCUGAUUCGCGAGAGUGUGGCCAAGUUCAUUGAAGAACGUGAUGGCUUCCCCGCCGACCCUCAGUCGCUUUACCUUACUGGUGGUGCCUCUUCCGGUGUAAACACCAUUCUGAACGUCAUUUGUAAUGGGCCAAAUGCUGGUGUCCUAGUUCCGAUUCCCCAGUAUCCUCUGUACACAGCCACUUUAUCCCUCUUGAAUGCUCAGUGUGUUCCUUACCACUUAGAAGAGCAGAAGGCUUGGGGUACCGACAUCGGUACAAUCAAGAAGUCAUUGGAACAGGCCAAGGCUGCAGGCACUGACGUUCGCGCCAUUGUUGUUAUCAACCCUGGCAACCCGACGGGCGCUUCUUUGAGUCCAGCUGAUAUCAAGAGCGUCCUUGACAUCGCCGCGGAAGAGAAGCUCGUCGUAAUUGCGGACGAGGUAUACCAGACAAAUGUGUUUAUCGGAGAAUUCACAUCGUUCAAAAAGAGGCUCCGGGAGCUGCAGCAAGAAGUACCUGGUAAAUACGACAAUGUCGAGCUUGUUUCCCUUCACAGUACUUCCAAGGGUAUGGUUGGUGAAUGUGGCCAUCGCGGAGGUUACUUCGAACUGGUUGGAUUUGAUCCCUUGGUUGCUGCCCAGGUCUACAAGUUCAUCAGCAUCAUGCUCUGCCCUCCUGUCAUCGGGCAAUGUUUGGUUGAACUGAUGGUGAACCCUCCAAAGGAGGGCGAGCCCAGCCAUGAGUUGUAUCAGAAGGAGUACAACGGCAUCCGGGAAGGACUGCGCCAGCGCGCCUUUGCCCUCUAUGAAGCUUUUCAACGGAUGGAGGGUGUCGAGUGCCAAGAGCCUCAGGGUGCCAUGUACCUUUUCCCUACUAUCUCACUGCCUCCCAAGGCUAUUGAAGCCGCUGCCGCUGAGAACCGCGCCGCAGACGAAUUCUACUGCCUCCGUCUCCUUGACGCCACUGGUGUUUGCGUCGUCCCUGGCUCCGGCUUCGGUCAGAAGGAGAACACGCUCCACUUCCGCACUACUUUCCUCGCACCAGGCACGGACUGGGUGGAGCGUAUCGUGAAGUUCCAUUCCGAGUUCAUGGCCAAAUACAAAUAGAGAGGCGAAGGAAUGGCGCCAUUAUUUUCUCAUGUGAUUACUAUAGAGCAGCAAUUGGAUAGCUCAAGCGGUUGGAGUACCGACGCACCGUCUGGAUAUCACCGUCUGGAUAUACAGCAUCUCUUCUCCGUGUAUAUACCC